AUGGAGACUGCACAGAGGCUUGCGCAAACUUGGGUGGCCACUGGGAGAGAUGAGGAGGUAGAGGACACUGCUGCAGGCAUCAACAGCGGGGACAUCAAGCUGCUAUAUGUCGUACAGGCUCUGGGGGAGUAUCUUACAUCGGAGGAGGAUCUACUUCGGACGAAAGGUGUUCAGUACCUUGCCUCUGUCGUCGGAAAGUGUUCUCCAGACAAGCUGAAUCGCCAGUCUGUAAAGGUUCUCAUCGCGUUCUUCACCUCGAAGCUGGAAGACACAGAGACCAUUGUUCCUGCUCUAAAUGGGAUACUUAACCUCACGAGUCUUCCUGCAUUCAUAUCUGACGAUGCUGUCACUAUCUGCGAAGCUUUGUUUGCGAACGUGAAGAUGCAGGCUCUGGUGCAACCACAGAGGCAUGUUGUCUUCUCUAUUUUUGACUCCCUGAUAGCUCGAUAUCGACAAGCUCUGAAGAAUAUGGGAAAUGACUUCCUGACUGGGUAUAUCGCGCUCGCCGAUGGAGAGCGAGAUCCUCGGAACCUUAUGGUCGCGUUCGCUAUAGCUCGUGUCCUUUUAAUCGAGUUUGAUAUUCGUGACAAAGUGGAGGACUUUUUCAAUAUCGUAUAUUGCUACUUCCCCAUCUCAUUUCGACCCCCGGCCGAUGACCCAAACUUCAACAUCACUCCCGAUGACCUUCGGAAAGCGCUGGUACUGUGUUUGAGCGCCACACCGGCUUUCGGGGAACCGGCCAUACACCAAUUCCUUGAGAAGCUCAACAUGGGUUCCCCAACGGUCAAGAGAGACGUUCUCCAAACAAUGGAUGUCUGCCUUCCCGUGUUCGGUCCUGUUCUUGCACGUGCUCUAGCCAAGAAAACAUGGAAUCACCUUCGUCUCGAGAUCUUUCAACCCACGGACCCAGAAACAGAAGCCGAAGCCCUCAAAACUCUACAAGUGCUUAUCAAAACUAUCUACGCUGACGCUGACGCGGCACAAAAUUCAGAUGCAGAUAUUCAAGGAUUGGCAAAAGAGGCGUGUGAGGAAUGUAUACAUAUCCUGAGGGAACCGGAGAAGAGUCAAGCGAAACCUGCCAUCAAGGUUAUCUGUGCUUUUAUGUCAACAACGCCCUCUGUCUCCAAGUUUACCCUCGCACAGGUCGUGCCGCAUUUGAUCAAGCUCUUCCUCAAUGUGGACGAAGUAGCCAACCGCGGCUCGGUCCUCUCUCUUUUGUCCUCCCUCGUCGCCGCUGCACGGGACUGCAUGUCUCGGCCAGAUAAUGUCUCGUCGACAGGACCACCGUUAUUGCCAUACAAGGACGAAGUUCUUGGUGCAUUUACCGUUGGUCUGAAAGUUCCGUCCCUGGCAUCUCCAUCAAUAGAAGGGCUCCUGGCUCUUGUCACGACUCCUGAUCUAUUAGAAGAUGAAGAGAUAGGUUUCGUGGUACAGAAUGUGAACGACAUACUAGGAAGCCACAGGGAGGAUAUAUCAGACACCACGGACUCUGCAUUGACUCUCCUUACGACUAUUUCGUCUACCGCUCCGCAUCACGUCUCGCAAACGACCCUUCCACUGCUCUUCUCUGCUCUCCCCGACGACGCGCCUCCACGAACCGACGCAAUCACUCGUGCCCGGUACUGGACGACGCUAACUUCGCUCUCACGGUUGUGUGCUCAGUCUGACUUGUUCGAAACCCUCGUUGUCCGCCUCACUACGAAACUCGACCUCCUAUGCUUCCCCACUGUACCGCCAUCAUCUGAGUACCCAGAAACGAUGAAUGGCCAAGAGGAGGAUCUUGAACCGGCAGCGGCCUAUGCACACGCACUUCUUACUACUCUUGGGAGCGUACUUCAGGACAAGGUAGAUCACGGGGACGUUGAUGUGCAGAAAUACAUAGACAGACUGGUGCCGAGGCUGUUCAAUCUGUUUAUAUGUUCAACAUUAGCUGCUAGCGAGGACGGUACGAGGAGGAGAGCUCUGUUGGUCUCGGAUGCCAGGCUUGUGAGCGCUGCGGGGCGGAUCCUCAAUUUGGUAGUGCAGACUUUAGGCUCGCAGAGGCAGAAUACGUUUGUCAAAGAGUUGGUCGACGCGUACACGCAGGGACAGUCCACUGCACCCAAAGCUCAGAAGGACUUAGUAGCACUCUUCUCGGAGGGGAUCACAGGUCUGCAUAAGGAGGUUCGAUUAUCGGUUGAAGACCCGAGCGCCUUCCUUAACAUGAUUCUCCAAUGGAGCUGUCAUCAAGCUGAGAACGGGCUUCAGCGGGAAAGUGUGUGGCACCUACUUGCUGCCGUGGUGAACAAAAGAGAGGAAGAUCUGAAUACAUUCCUAUCUUCUCAUCUGGACUCGUUCUGGCUUUCGGAUGUCGCGAAUACAUCGAGUAGUCAGGAAAAGAGACGAUAUGCUCUUACUGCAUGGACUUGGGUAUGUAAGGGUUUGCUCGUGCGCAACCAUCCGAACGCUUUGCGGUUCGUGAACCGUCUCUUCGAACUCUUCGAUGACGAUAGUGUCAGCUGGGACGCUGCGAGGGCUAUCGGCGCUGCAAUAGGAUCGGACAAGGUGCUCACGAAGAAGAACCACGCUAUUAUAAGGAUCUUAUACGUCCAAAAGUACACAAAUGCUCUUUUACCGCGGAUUAUCAGCGGCGCGAAGGACGCGUCCGACCCACGUCAACAGACUGCUCAUCUCGUUGCGCUUACAUCCCUCAUCACAUCCAUCACGAAAUCCGUCUAUGCACACGAGAUGCCAACGUUGAUGCCACUCCUCCUGCGAGGGCUCGACCUUCCUGACCCGACAAUCCGAGCUAGCGUCAUUACGACUCUCCUUUCUGCCGCACAAGCUGAAGUCGAGGGCGCAGCAAAGAGCUCGAAGGAAGGGAGUGUAUUCGCUGAGCAUGCGUCCUCACUUGCCUCGACCAUGCUACUGAAUUGUUCCGUUGAUAUCAUGCCUGAUGCGGCUGACAUGACGGCACAGAGGGUACGAAUAGCGGCCUUGAAGUUUUUAUCCGUGCUGCCACAAGUAGUGCGGUAUGAUGUACUCCAUCCGCAAAAGGCACAUGUCUUGCGGGAGUUGUCGAAAGUCUUGGAUGACCCAAAGAGGUCUGUGAGGAAGGAAGCAGUAGAUGCGCGGUAUAAAUUCAAGGUUCACCUACAAUGGAUAGGGACCGGUGAAAUCGUGGAGACAAUCUUGUGUUGUACAGUAGAGUGUAUAAAGGGAAAAAUAGUCCCGAUCGCUUACCCUGCACCAAUGCGACCUUUCCCAUAUGACUUCACUGGUGGUAGUCCCGGCAUGCAUCACCACAACCACUGGCAUCAUCAACGAUGGGCUCGGCGGGGCCCCAGCAGACUCCUAUGGUUCUUAAUCGGUGGUGUCUCGGGCCUUGCGUGGGUGAACCACCGGGACAAACAUCACGAAUUUCUUGCUUCGGAGGAUAGCUGGCGACGGGGCUGGCGCUCUGAUAGCAGUUGGGGAUGGGGAUUCGGGCAGGCCUGGCGUAGCGGGCGGGACGGGAACUAUGGGGUGGACAAAGAUUGGCCAAGGAUUGAUGCCACUCCGGGUUCAUUUGUAGAGGGGUCUUCUAGGACUGGCUUUGGGCGGAGUGCGGGGAAGAGGGAGGACGUCUUGCAGGACACAUCUUCGCAAAGCCAGAGCCAGAAGCAAGCUAUGACGCGACCUAUUGUGGGCGCGGUGAUUCCCCAAAAAAGUGCAAACCUGCUUGGGCCAAACGCGGGAUACGACUGGGAUAUGGAGCGAGAAAAGGUAAAGGAUGUUGGCAGGCAGCUCUUGAAGUCGACGUCUGAACUGUCCGAAGCGAAGAUUGAUGCGAUGCUCACGGGGCUGCAGAAUCUCAAGCAGCACCCCGUCACCGCAGUUACACCGCGCACACAUACACCACUUACCUCCCAGUCAUUCACAACUCUCUUCCCAUCCGCGAAUAUGCUCAACACCCGCACUCCCACAGAUGCUCAUCGCACUCCUCACAUCCCCAACCCGGCAGAUCACAUUCGGCGUCGAGACGAAGAAUUUUACGCUCGCACCGCCUAUGCUUUCGACGAGUACAGGCGAUGGAUAGACGGCGAGCCCCUCUCUCCCCUCUCAACGCAGGAGUCGUACACAUUUCCCGACCCAAGCGACCCCGGCCCUCCUGAAACGGGAGCUGCAGCAUCCAUCGUGCCAUACAAACCUCGUUACAUCACCGUCAACAAAGCCUUCGAAAUUCUACCCACUCCACCUGAUGCGCAGCGACCACGGGUUCAACCUCCUAGUCAGCCAGCUCAACAGCCUUACAUUGACUAUGGCGGAAGGGUCGUAGGCUAUGUCAUAGAGACGGAUGGGCGGAUCGUUACGCUGGUCGAGGGAGGCCAACCUCUAGCGACCUUCGAUCCCAUUUCCGAUGUCCAAAACAUUUCCUACAUCGCAGACCUCGCCAGUCUCGCCAGCCUUACAACCUCCACCCCUCAAGGCCACGGUGUCAAUGCAGUCGACGUGAUAAGUGCAGGAGAAGGGAGCAAGGUCGAAAAAUCACCCGCUGGUUCAGAGGCUUCGCGGUUGGAAUCGCACUAA